GGGGCCAUCCUCCCUCCCGCCCUUGGGCGGUAUAAAUAACACCAGCAGCUCAGCAUAGAGGGCCGGAGAGAGGGGAAGAGGUAGCAGCAAGUCCCUCACCAUGAGCUCCAGCCAACCGGAGGCCUGCCCAUGCCAGGGCGCUGCAGGCCGCCCGGCCAUCCUGUACGCACUUCUGAGCCCCAGCCUCAGGCCCAGGCCCUCAGUGCCCCCACUCCCAAGCCGCUGCCUGUGCCUGCAGCACCGGCCCGUCCGCCUGUGUGCCCCUCACCGCACCUGCCGGGAGGCCCUGGAUGUCCUGGCCAAAACAGUGGCCUUCCUCAGGAACCUGCCGUCCUUCUACCAGCUCCCCCUGGAGGAUCAGCGGCGGCUGCUGCAGGGCUGCUGGGGCUCUCUCUUCCUGCUUGGGUUGGCCCAAGACACAGUGACCUUUGAGGUGGCCGAGGCCCCAGUGCCGAGCAUACUCAAGAAGAUCCUGCUGGAGGAGCCCAGCAGCAGUGCUGGCGGGGGGCAGCUACCGGACAGGCCUCAGCCCUCCCUGGCUGCCGUGCAGUGGCUUCAGUGCUGCCUGGAGUCCUUCUGGAGUCUCAAGCUGGGCCCCAAAGAGUACGCCUACCUGAAAGGAACCAUCCUCUUCAACCCAGAUGUGCCAGGCCUCCACGCCUCCUCCCACAUUGGGCACCUGCAGCAGGAGGCUCACUGGGCGCUGUGUGAAGUCCUGGAGCCCUGGUACCCAGCGGGCCAAGGCCGCUUAGCACGGGUCCUCCUCAUGGCCUCCACCCUUAAGAGCAUUCCGUCCAGCCUUCUUGGGGAUCUCUUCUUUCGCCCUAUCAUUGGAGAUGUUGACAUCACUGGACUCCUCGAGGACAUGCUUUUGCUGAGGUGACCUGCAGAGGCUGGCAGUGCUGAUUUGGCCUGGCUGUCCCCAGUAGGGAGCCAAUGCCCCUGGAGAGGAAAGCCUAAUAGACAGCACUCAGCCCCCCAGGAGCAGCCUCUCAUUCAGCCACACCCCAACUUGGACUUCCUCCGUUUGGACACAGUACUCCAGCCAUCUGGUAGGCCCUUGGUGGUCCCCAGCCUCUGGGCCAAGAAUGCUGAUAGGUUGGAAAUUUAGACUGCUCAUUGGGGCAGAAUUCCUCCUGACUUUGUACAGAGCUAAAUUAAGUUAUUGUUUUUUGUAAUAAAAGGUGCGAUGCUCUCGGA